AUGGCGUCGCUCAGCCUUCGGCGAACCAGCUUGACCUCCACCGCCACCACCAACACCGCCUCCACCACUUUCGCGACCUCGUCCACUUCGGCGAGCUCGUGCGAAGGAGGGUCUGAAGGAGAAGCAGAGGGGCCCUCCCUUCCGGGCUGCUCUUGCCUUCCGUCUGGCUCCCCGUCCGCGUUUCGCCCUCUUCCUACCCUUCCUCGUCGUCCAGAUUCCGGUGCGAAAUCGACGGCGGCGGCAGUAACAGUGCCAAGAGCUCGCCGGCAAGACCACCGCAGCCGCCAACGUCAGCACCCGGCGGCAGAGGCGGCGGUCAUGGCGGAGGAAGAGGAGAACAGCGGGAAGCUGAUGCCGGCGCGCCUGGCUGACCACAUCUGGCCGGGGUCGAGCGCCCUCGCGCUGCGGCAGCGAGGCGAGCGCGGCGGUGGGAAGGACGGCGGCCAGGGCGGAGGCGGCACCCAGGCGGCGGGCGCCAGGCUGGAGCCGCGGCGGCGCAUCACUCGCGUCAAGGUCAAGAGCGAUGUCGGCGUAACCGCGGCUUCGUGGCCGUCAACGAUGAGGCGCCUGGAGUUCGGGGGCCGGUUCAACAGCCCGGUUGAGGGUGUCGACCUCCCCGCCAGCCUGGAGGUGAUCAGGUUCGGUGAUAGGUUCAACCAGCCGGUCAGCAGGGUCCGCUGGCCGGCGGCGCUGCUCGAGCUUGUGUUCGGGAACGACUUCAACCAGCCGGCCUCGGGAAUGGACCUCCCUGCCGGCCUCCGCCGCCUGGACUUCGGUGGGCGUUUCAACUUUUCGGUGUCCGCCGUGGAUUUGCCGGAGGAGUUGCGGGAGCUGCGGUUCGGACAGGGCUUCAACAGGGAGAUCUCGAACGUUCGGUGGCCGCCCCUCCUGUCGAGGCUGGACUUCUGCGGGGAGCUGCAGCAGAGGGUCGAGGACGUGGCCUGGCCCGGCACCCUGAGGUACCUCGCCCUCCUCGGCGACUUCAACCAGCCGAUCGACGCGGUGAAGUGGCCCGCCGGCCUGACGACCGUCCGCUUCGGAGACCGCUUCCAGCAGCCGCUGGCGGCCGCCGGCGCGGCGAGGUGGCCGCUGGGCUUGGAGAGGAUCGUGCUAGGGAGGGGCUACAGCAAGAGCCUCUCUGGGUGCGUGCCACUUCCCGAGGAGGACGGGUCGGCGUGUCGCUCCCUGUCGUGUGCCCGGGGGGACGGCCGUGGGGGUGGCGUCUCGCAGCCCGUCUCCUCCCGUAGAGCUCCUCUCGUCGUUGUGAAAUUCGGCGACGACGAUGAUGGCGACGACUGCGGAAACAACGGCGUGAUGAUGCUGGCCCGAGAAGGCCCUCUGCCGACGGCGGAAGAAGACGACUGCGGAAACAAUGGCGUGAUGAUGCUGGCCCGAGAAAGCCCUCUGCCGACGGCGGAAGAAGACCAAGGGUUGGCGAGGUACGCGGUGGAAAUGACAACGGCGGCCGCGGCGGUGUCCGCCGAAGGCGAAGGGCCUGUUCUUGAUGGUGGCGGGGGCGAUGACGAGCACUACUGGGACGAUGAAGAGGGAGCAGAGGAGGAAAGAGCGAGAUAGCGAAAGAGACGUUAUCUCUCCUGACGUAUUUUGUUUUCUUUCGCCGGAGCUCUCCUCGUGUGGGUUGACUUUGUGUAUUCUCCCCUUUAGGUGUGCCUGUCUUCCAUUGUGUGUCGUGUCUGUCUGUUUCCUAUUCAAGGGAUGACUGUCGUACCUUGCUUGUAUCCGCUUUUCCCUGCGUUUGCGAGACCCCGCUCUUUGCUUUUGGGCCACAUGUUCCCCGUUUACUUUCUUUUGCCUCUACAGCCAUCCUAUCGGGCCUUUUCAAACAAUUUUCAUGAAGGAAAUCUUUGCCUACUACAUGGGCAGCAUGGCUAGGGGUACGGGGACCAGUGGUAAGGUUCGUUUUGUGGCUUGUUAUAGAUGGAUGGCCACACACCCUUGUAUAUCGUGGAGUGAUUCUAAUUUGUGUCGAGCGCGGGGCCGCGGGUAUGUCUAGGGGUUCCCGGUGUAGUAGAUCCGGAGGUUCUGGUUGGCGGAGGUUAGAGCUGUUUUACGGUGGUUGUAGCAGCACGCACCUGCGAGUUUGAGUGUGGGGUACUGCUGGGAAGGGAGUACGCGUGCUGGGAUGCUUGUUGUCGGGGGGAGUAGUCGUGGAUCGCGGUGGGUCUGCAGGCUUGGUUGGUGGGCCAUCGCGUUUGGGUCUCAAGAGUCUGGCGGCAUGUUUGAAGGAAACAACAAAAAAAAAAUGAGCUUUUGACAAUGCUCUGGGGUGGUACUUGUGUUUGGGAAUACGGUAGUGGUCGUAAAUGUGUUGGAGUGGGAAAUUACAUGAGUUUGGUAUGGAGCGGGUACGCCCAUGGGGCACCCCCCGCGCAUCUAGCCUGUUUGUGUGGUUGUGGCUGCGAGGUUUGUCGCCCUGGCUUCAAACUUGGUAUUGUAUGCUAGUGUUCGGUCCGUGUAU